AUGGCUGAAUCAGAUGCAGUCUCAAGCCCUGUUGGCUGUGAAGAAAGUGAUCUUGAUGAGCUAGUGGGCUGUCUCAUUUAUCUUGCAACAGUGUCUCAUCCAGAUAUUGCCUUUGCAGUGAAUAAAGCUGCUCGAGUGAUAGAGAAACCAACUGUUCAAAAUUGGAAUCAGGUAAAAUGUAUAUUUUGGUACUUGAAAGAUAUGAACUGGGGCAUCAUUUAUAAUAAAGAAGAAAAAUUGAAAGUCUACAACAAUGCUGAUUUUGCUGGUGACAAAAAAAAUAAGAUGUUCAAUAACUGGAAUCAUUGCAAAGUUUUAAGGUGGAACUAUAUCAUGGACUAG